AUGCCGCUAGAGCACCUCCCCAACGAAAUCAUCGAGACCAUUCUGUCCCAUCUGGCUCUACAUGAUAUCCGCAAUUUUCGUCUCACCAGCCGAGCUUCAGCCUCCACAUCCAGCCACCAUUUCAAGUCCUUCCUCCGCCGCAAGCACGUGGACGUCACGGAAUCCUCCCUUCGCAGCUUCCUGCAGGCAACAAAUCCCGGCCAUAUCGGGAGCUUCGUGACAGACGUCGUCCUCGUCGGCGUCGUCAACAACCCAAAGUGGCUCAACCGGCGGAUAAAGGACCCCACUGAUGGUCACAAGUGUGAUAUGCCGGGCGUUGGUCCAGAAGGGCAAGCCAGGGCACAAGCGGACCUGGACCUCCUGAUGCAGCGACAAAGAGACUACGAGAGAAUGCGCGCGACCGGCACGGAUGUAACGCUGCUCGCGGAAGCAUUUACUAAUCUUAUGGUACCCAACCAUGAUGAAAGACCGGGGCUCCGAUCUCUGACGCUGGAAGUGGUGGUGUACCGCCUCGACGCUGAACAGAGGCUCCCCCCUGCUGAUGGCGGCAGCUGGACACUCAUCUGGCAAGCCGCAGCGGCGACAUUCCACACCGCAAUGCGCGCACUGGCCGCUAGUCAAAUGCCGCUCCAGGAACUCGACGUCUACAGUCAUCUGUCACGCUGCAGCCUAGCGUGCACGGAGCUGAGCGCCGUGGACAUCGAAUCCAAUGGCCUCACUGCAUCUCUAGCAUCCUUGCGAAGCCUAUCCAUCAGCUUCUCCGACCGCAUCGUCGACAUGCGCAAGCACCACUUCGACAUCACCGGCGAUUCGGCAGACGACGUCGACUGGGGCGACCCGGCGCAAGACGAGGAGCGCUCAGACGACGAGAUCGAAGCCGAGCUGCUUGACACCUCGAAUUUCACGGGCCUCGCGCGCUUCCUGCACCGCUGCACGGCUCUCGAAGAUCUAGAGCUGCACGUCUUCAAGCUCAUCACCUCCGGUCUCGACAACCUCUACGUCCGCCGCGACGCCUAUCUACACUCCAUUCUCGCAAUCAACACGCCAUUCCCUUACCUCCGACGCCUUACGCUCCGGGGCGUGCGUGCUCGAGGGCCAGACCUCCUGGCAUUCAUCAAGGCCCUCCCCAUCCGCGAGCUCCGCAUGGUCAACGUGAAGCUCCUGGUGGGAACAUUUGCACCCAUCUUCGACUACUGCGUUAGCCAUGAGGCCGCGUUGGAAAGACUGUACUUGGACGACCUGUUUGACCCUAACCCCCUGGCGCAUGUCUAUUUCGAUGGCGAGACGGGCAAGCCCACGCGCAUUGACUUUAAACGACCCUGUAGCAAUCUGCUGGAGAGGACGGGAAUGGACGUACGCCGGGCGAUCCCUUACUUCACGCCCGUUGGGACCAGGCUGACCGAGAAUCCGCGGGCGAGGAGGAUGUGGAAGUGGCGGCGGAGGGCGGAGUAUGGGCCGCCGUAG